AUGGCGGAGCGAAGUGGCCGGCUGAGCCUUGGUGGAGGGGGACUCAACAGACCCGUGCCUAUGAACCUGUUCGCCACAUGGGAAAUAGAUGGAUCUUCCCCGAGUUGCAUCCCGAGGUUGUGCAGUCUGACUCUGAAGAGAUUGGUGGUACUGAGGGAGCUGGACAAGGAGCUCAUCUCUGUGGUCAUCGCUGUCAAGAUCCAGGGUUCCAAGAGGAUCCUGAGGUCCCAUGAGAUAGUGCUGCCCCCUAGUGGCUCAGUGGAGACUGACCUGGCUCUCACCUUCUCACUGCAGUACCCUCACUUCCUGAAGAGUGAGGGUAACAAGCUCCAGAUCCUGCUGCAGAGGAGGAAGAGAUACAAGAACAGGACUAUCCUGGGAUAUAAGACCCUGGCUGUAGGAACCAUCGAUAUGGCUGAGGUGAUGCAGCAGCCUACGGAGGGGGGCCAGGUUCUGUCUCUGUGCAGUAACCAGAAGGAGAUGCUGGGUAAAGUAGCUGAUAUCUGGAUCUUCUCUCUGUCCAGUCAGCCCAUAGACUAUGAGGAGGCCGCUCUGCAAGAGGGAACCAAGAUCAAAUGCUCAGAUAACUACUCGGAGGAGGAGUAUGAGAGUUUCUCUUCAGAGCAGGAGGCCAGUGAUGAUGCUGUUCAGGGUCAGGACCUGGAGGAUGAUGAGUAUGAUGUGAGGAAGCCUAAGAAGCAGAGGAGGUCCAUCGUAAGAACUGCUUCAAUCACCAGGCAGCAGAACUUUAAACAGAGAGUUGUGGCCCUGCUGAAGAGGUUUAGAGUUUCAGACGAGGUGUUGGACUCGGAGCAGGACCCGGCUGAGCCCCCUCCAGAGGUAGAGGAGGAUCUGGACCUCGAGAGUCUGGAGUUUGAGAACCCCAGUGACAGUGGACCAGAACUUGACGAUGACGACAGUGUCCUCAGCACCCCGAAACCCAAGCUCAAACCAUAUUUCGAGGACCUUUCUCUCUCCAGUUCUCAGACAGAGAUCGGCAUCCACAACAGCCCGGUUAGUAACACAGAACCACCCAGCCCGGUUAGUAACACAGAACCACCCAGCCCGGUUAGUAACACAGAACCACCCAGCCCGGUUAGUAACACAGAACCACCCAGCCCGAAGAAGGCUACCAUAGAGACCGAGCCGGCGGCCAAUGGGAGAGCAGCUGAGCCAAGCCCAGAAGCAGGAGCUGAGUGGAAUUGGUCAACCCGAAACCAGGAUGUGUUCUCCAGUGAACCAGGACACACCGAUCUGGUACAGCACGGCAUCAUCACCGAACCUGGGACCGCCCGAUUUAUCGGCAUGCUCGACCUGACAAAGGGUUAUUGGCAGGUGCCCUUAGCUCCCGAGGCACGGGAGAAAACUGCUUUCGCCACCCCGGGCGGUCUGUUCCAUUAUAAGAAGCUGCCCUUUGGACUGCACAGGGCCCAGGCCCCCUUCCAGAGGUUGAUGGACCGGGUUCUCCGACCCCUUCGGAAGUACGCGGUAGCAUACAUCCAUGAUAUUGUGAUCCACGGGAGUGAGUGGGAGACACAUCUAAACCAGAGUCACCACAGAGAGGGCCAGUCGCUGGGCCAGUCACUGGGCCAGUCGCUAGGCCAGUCGCUAGGCCAGUCGCUGGGCCAGUCGCUAGGCCAGUCGCUGGGCCAGUCGCUGGGCCAGUCACUGGGCCAGUCGCUGGGCCAGUCGCUGGGCCAGUCGCUGGGCCAGUCGCUGGGCCAGUCGCUAGGCCAGUCGCUGGGCCAGUCGCUGGGCCAGUCGCUGGGCCAGUCGCUGGGCCAGUCGCUGGGCCAGUCGCUAGGCCAGUCGCUAGGCCAGUCGCUAGGCCAGUCUAGAAGGAGCAGGAAACUGGGCCAGAGACCAGAGGGUUGCUGGUUCAAAUCUGAUCAGAAGGAUAGACUACACUGA